UUUAAUUUUAAAUUUUCAUAUUCCAAAUGUAAUGGAAUUAUUUGAGUGGAAUAUAUUUUCUCAUAUUAAGCUUGUGUGUCAUGAGGCCUAAUGUUGCUUCUUACCUAAGCUUCUCACUCCUCUCCACAAUCACAAUCUUGCAAUUGACUCAUGAGCAAGAAUACAAACAAAGACUACGAAAACAAAGUUAUUUUCUGUAAGACUUAAAGUUGUUGUCUGUAGGUACAUUGAAAAGCAAGAAAAAAGAGAAAAAGGAAACGCACCAUAGUAGGACCUUUGUCCACUUCCAAUCAUAGUGCUUCCACUUUCUGCUUCACAACACCUUCCUCUAAUGAUUUAGAGGUUGCACAUGCCUUAUUGAAACAUUUAUUUAGAUUCCUUUAAAUCCUCCCCUCCUUCUCUGCUUCUUCCCAACACCUAUUCUUUAUUUUUCAAAUAGAUACGCGUGACCAGACAUACAUCUUCAUUCUCUAUAUAUUAUUGUCCAAGAUCAUGCCAUGUCCCAACAGUCCAAAACUAUAAAUGUCUUGACCCUUGUAAUGUUUUUGCAUCUUGUCUCAGCUCUUUUUGGAUUUUGCUCUGGAUUUUCCCUAUUAAACUUCCUCAGAUACUGAAAAUUUUAGAAGUGAAAAAAGAUUUUUGUUGAAUUGAACCGUGUCUGAAUUUGGAUAUUUCCAAGCAUGUCUUUUCCAUGGAAGAAGUUGAAGAAGACAAGUAUAUCACAAUUGGUGAAGGACCAUUUUCGUUCUCGAACUCCUCUUAUGGUGGAGACUGGUUUCCCCACUUCCCUUGUGGAUCUUUUUGUCAAGAAUCGUCGAAGGUUCAUAAAAACAUCCAAGAAGAAGAGGCCUUCUUCAGUGGUGGCCAAGCCCCAUUUUAACUCUCCUUCUCAGAGUUUGCCUUUGUCAUCUCAUAUGGCUCCACCUUUGCCAGCCAGUUACAAAAUUCAGGGGUCCCAGUUAAAGGGUUGUCAGGAAAAAGGCGAAAGAAUUGAUCUUGAUGAAGCUGUUGACAAAAAUAUGGUGUUAAUAGCACUUCUGAAGAUCUUUCUGGUGGUGCUAUUAGUUUUAGGAACAAAGAAUCUUGCACUGGGAAUAACUAUGUCAGCUUUGUUGUUGUUUAUCUUUGAAUAUUCGGGAGAACGCGUCUAUAGAUUGUUCAUGCCUUGUGCUCUAGUUGGAGCCAGAAUGGUUGAGUUAGAAGAAGAAGGUUGUGUUUUUAAGGCACCAUUACAGCAAGAUGAGUUAGGUUCCUGUGAUUUUGCUAAUCAAGUUCAAGAAAUUCAUAUUAAGGAGAAAACUGAUGAGUCCAGUAGUGGUAGCAAAUUGAAAUGUGAAGGAAUGGACUCAAAAGGGGAUGUAAUGGAGAAAAAAACGGAAUUGAGAAGUGAACUCUUAGGAUCCAAGAGAGAGAAAUCUCACAAAUCUGGGAUGAAAUCCAAGAUGAAGAGAUUUCUUGCAAAGAAGUUCAGAAGGAAAGUAAAUAAGGAAUCAGAGACUCAGAUGAUACCAAUAAGGGAAACUGAUAAUAUCAUUCAGGAGAAUGAUAAACUUGAAGAUUUCAAUGAUUGUCCGAUGAGCUCUGAAAAAGUGCCUGAGGCAACCAUUGUCAAUGUAGAUAGUUUUGGCGGAAGAGAGCAUAAUAUUUCAUUUACUCUUCUUCUUUUGGUUGUUCUAGUUGGCCUUACUGGAGGCCGGACUUUUGCACUUGUGUUUACUCUAACAUGGUGCAUGAUGUCGAAACAAGUUUUGCUCAAAAUUGUAGUUAAAAUUUUGCAACUUAUUCCUAGCAAGAUGUGAAUUGUAGAUCAUGUAGAUAGUUUAGUUUGCUUCUACUGAAGUGCUGCUUAAGCCUUGGCGGAAAUGCUCAACAUUUGGUUGACCACUUAGCUGGAGAUUUGGUAUUAUGUCUCGUAAAGUUUUGGUUACAAAGAUUGAAUUUGUUAUACAGAAAUCUUAUGUUGCCUCGUCUUGCCAAAUAACAAAGAUCCUGUGAUUACCCCCUUAGUGUGGCUUGAUUAGAACCACUAUAUAAAGGUUUUCAAUGAAAUUUAUAAUGGUCCUAGACCACUCUUCUCAA